AUCAUUCCCCUUUUCUUCUCCAGUAUAUUCCAGUAUACCAGUGUAUCCAUCUACCUGGUUAAAGAUGCUUAAUAAUCCUAUAAAACCAGUUUUUCCUAUCUUAUAGGCAACAUGUCCAUUCAGAAGAUCCACGCCAGGGAGAUCCUGGAUUCCAGGGGAAACCCUACAGUAGAGGUUGACCUGUACACAGGCAAAGGUGGGUCAAUGUCCAGCUGGUAACACAUAGACUGGAAUUCUCAGUGUCUUGAUGUGACACAUAUGUUUUGCUUCCAGGUCUCUUCCGGGCGGCUGUGCCCAGUGGGGCGUCCACUGGAAUAUAUGAGGCUCUUGAGCUGAGGGAUGGAGACAAGAGCCGAUAUUUGGGCAAAGGUGAGACAAUUGUAUGGAGCCGAAUGUUUGGUAGCAUAACUGUGUGAUCUGAUAGAGGUUUGUUAUACAAGAGAUGGCUUGUUUUGGAAGUCCAUAUUAUGAGAUGUGAGCCAAUGUGGUCUCCAAGGAAGAGGGAUCAGACUCUUGUCAAUAUUCAAAUAGCAUAUCGUAAGGUUUUCUUUGUAGACAGAUCAUAAUACGAUGAUAUGAUGAAGAAACACAGGGACAGGGGGAAAGGGUCAUUCGAUGUCUGAGAUUCCUGAAUUGCCUUAUAACUGGGAAGUCCCAACACUGGUGGAACAAGGAUCUCUGUCAGGGGCGAGCAGGUUCAGCAUAAAACUAUCUAACUGAAAAUGAAACGUUUCAGGAUUUGGGGUAAAUGGUACAAUGAUGGGAGAAAUUUGUAAGUCAUGACCUGUGAGUCACUGGAACUAGAACAGUACUAGAUAACAUAUUUUGGGCUAUUAGCAGUAAGAGGAGAGUUGAGGUUGGUUUCUCUAGCUUGGCUGGACCACAUUCCACAUUCCCGAGGCUCAGAGGUGGAGCUGAUCCCUCUAGUUUCUCUGCGUAACUUGCUUAAGCAUGUUCUGGGCCCAUGAAACGUGAGGGAAUAUUUUGAACAAAUCACCUUUCUAGUGUAAAAAUGGGAUAUAAUAGAGUGGCAAUAUGAUACAACAAAAUGCCCAUAUUUUGUACAUGGAACAUGUGGUUAUAAUUUUUUUCAAAUUCUUAAAUAUUUUAUGUGUGAGCUGAGCCAUACUUGUGUAUCAUGAUUAAACUGUGGCUUUCAAGGUAACAUCAAUGACAUAAUUCACCAUCAUGAUGUACAAACACAACUCUCAAUACCUCGAGGAUGUCAGCGUUAUGACACUUUGACAUAAUAAUAUAUGUCAUCACCUGCCAGAUAGUGUGACAGGUGUGGCCCAGGGUCCACAUAGAGGCCAAUGUUCAGGUAAGGGUGGUCCUCUGAAGGCCCUAGAAUCUUGGUUAUAUUGUAUUUUCAGAGAUGAAACUGCUAUUCUGACCUGUCGUUAUUUUAAACUGGCAUUGGGAUUGCACCAUAGUUUUGUCAAGCAACUCUUGUUAGACCGGGGAGGUUAAAUGUGGUUCACCUAGUGACAGACAGAUUCAGGGUUAUAUCUGUGAAUCUCUUGGACUUUAACUGAUGACACUCUGAAGUUCUGGUCUAACGCUCUGCAAUCUGCCAUGUCUCAUAGGUGUUCUGAAGGCUGUGGAUCACAUCAACAAGACCAUUGUACCGGCUUUGCUGGAGAAGGUAUGAGGAUCGAUGAAGGUAUAAUAAUAUAAAUAGUGGUGAGUUAAUAAAUAAAUGUCUGACUUCUGCUCUAUCGUUUUAGAAACUUAGUGUUGUGGAACAAGAAAAGAUUGACAAAGUGAUGCUGGAACUUGAUGGGACAGAAAAUAAGUGUAAGUAGCAGAGCGGGAUACAGUCAUGAAUUGAAGAGAGGUGUAAUACUGCAUUUGUUGCUGUUGAUGUAUCUCUGCAGAAAAAUUCACACUGAUACAUUGUCCUCCUGCAGCUAAAUUUGGUGCUAAUGCCAUCCUGGGUGUUUCUCUGGCCGUGUGCAAGGCUGGUGCAGCAGAGAAAGGUGUCCCCUUGUACCGUCACAUCGCUGACCUGGCCGGAAACCCUGACCUCAUCCUUCCCGUCCCUGUGAGCAGUGCUUUAAAUAUACCUAGAUUAUCCUAUAACGCAGUGUUUCCCAACCCAGUCCUCAAGGCACACAUACCAGUCCAGGAUUUAGGGAUUACCCAGUUGUGUCUAAGGUGUUUUUACAAAGAAGAAAAAAAACACCUUAGACACAACUGGGUAAUCCCUAAAUCCUGGACUGGUAGGUGUGCCUUGAGGACUGGGUUGGGAAACACUGCUAUAACGGUGCCAUGUCCUUCCUCGACUCUUUCUGUUACUGUCCCUCCUCUGUUACUGUCCCUUCUCUUCAUUCUAUCACUAUUCCCUCACCUCCCUAUAUUUUAUUUAUUUAUAAAAUAUUUUAUUUAUAAAAUAUUUUACCAGGAAAGAUACAUUGAGAUUUCUCUCGUUUUCAAGUAUGUCCUGGGUCCACAAAUCAUUGCAUUGUUACAUUAGGUACAACAAAAUACAAAAACAAUAUUAAUACACAAUAUAUACAAAAAUUUAACAUAGAACAGGCAGGAAAUAUAUAAUCAACCAUGACACGUGCAUUCUGUUUUGAGGUAUGUAGAGAGGGAUCUCUUAAAAGACUUUAGGCUUAGGGAAGAUUUUAAAUUGUGCGGGAGGUCGUUCCACAAUUGCGGUGCUCUGUAGGAGAAGGAGGAUCGGGCCGCUUUCUUUUUGUAUUGAGGUAGACUAAGUAAAGUGCUUGUACUGGAUCGGAGGUUAUAGAAAGUGGGAACAGCUGGGGAAAGCAUUUUGUUCAGGUAGGGUGUGAGUUUCCCAGAAAAGCUCUUAAAAACAAGGCUGGAAAGAUGAAGGGUGCGUCUGGAUUCCAGCGACAGCCAGUUUAGUUCCUUUAGCAUGUCACAAUGAUGGGUCCUGUAAUUACAUUGUAGCACAAAUCUGCUAUUCAUUCUGUCAUUGUUCUCCUCUCCCCGUAUUCAUUCUGUCACUAUUUUCUCUCCUUUCUUUUUUUUAUUCUGUCACUGUUCCUUCUCCUUUGCUCCUAGUAUUGUCUCCUAUGUUAACAUCUUCACGGCCUUUGUCUCUCACCAGGCCUUUAAUGUCAUCAACGGGGGUUCACACGCAGGGAAUAAGCUGGCCAUGCAGGAGUUCAUGAUCCUUCCCGUGGGGGCCUCUACUUUCCGGGAGGCAAUGCGUAUUGGAGCAGAGGUCUACCACAACCUGAAAAAUGUCAUAAAGGCCAAAUAUGGAAAGGAUGCCACCAAUGUCGGUGAUGAAGGUGGAUUCGCUCCCAACAUUCUGGAGAACAAUGAAGGUAAGGAGGCCACUGUGAGAGAAUACUAAUAAUAUAAACAUGGACUAAAUAAAUAAUAAAUGGUGUAACAUCAAGUGCGCAGAUGGAUGAAUGUUGACUAAAUAAAGGAAUAUUACCUGCUGUACAGGUAAAUUAAUAUAUAUAAAAAGGGAAAAGUGAAACCUAUCUUGACCUAAGGUUGCUCUGCUGCUGCUGCUACCUCACACAUGCCUCUUUUUGUAAAAUAAGUCGGCAAUGAAUAAUAACUACUAUAAAACACUGAUCUACAGCCUUGGAGCUACUUAAAUCAGCUAUCGAGAAAGCUGGCUACACUGAUAAGAUUGUCAUUGGUAUGGACGUGGCUGCUUCAGAAUUCUACCGCAAUGGCAAAUACGACCUUGACUUCAAAUCCCCGGAUGACCCAACUCGUUACAUCUCAGGAGAGAAAUUGGGAGAUCUGUAUAAGAGCUUCAUUAAGUCAUACCCAGGUAUGUUGUUCAUGGUACUCAUAGAGUGAUGUUGAGCGAGAGAGACAGACGGAGGGUGUCCCUCCCAUACAGUACUUUAUUAUGAUGGUGUUUCCCCUUUCAGUGGUCUCCAUUGAAGAUCCAUUUGACCAGGACGACUGGGAAACUUGGAAGAGUUUCCAGAGCACAGUUGAUAUCCAGAUAGUUGGAGAUGAUUUAACUGUCACCAAUCCCAAGAGAAUCCAGCAGGCUGUGGAAAAGAAAGCAUGUAAUUGUCUGCUCCUGAAAGUCAACCAGAUUGGCUCAGUCACCGAGUCCAUCCAGGCGUAAGUACAAUAUCUGGACCUUGGUCACCCUGUGUCAACUCCAAUAAGGAAGCUGUAUUCAAGGCUGUGCAUAACUGGAUGUAUUGAUUAGAAAUUAGUCCCUUUUUCACUUUUAACUCACUUGAUCUGCUGUCGCUGGUGAUGUCUCUAGUGCACUAACCCCUACUUCCCCAUUGGCUGUGCUCUUUGGCAGAAUGAAUCUUUCUCUGUGUACAAGGGGCAAUUGAAUAACUGCCUCCUGCCAGCCAUCGUAGAGUUAGUUACCCAUAUGGACAUUAAUCUCAUGGUUCGGUCACCACAAUGAAUUGUUACAGAGGGAAAAAUAGAUAUAUUAUUUACAAAAAGUACUCUUGGUAUAGACAGCACAAUGCUGCCACACUUCUAAUUAUCUUCGGUUGUUUUGAGCAUGUUUCCUAGUCAGUACCCAAGUGCCCAUUGUUCAGGAUUACCCAGUAGUAAUACUCUCUUUUGGAGUAUUGUCGAGUACCGCCAAUAGCUAUGCAGUGAAUGUUCACACAAUCAGUAAUGUAUAUAAAACGGAAGAUGGAUUCCACCUGGAACUAUUGGUGCCACUGUUAGGCACGUUAUAAAAGUGGAUAUAAAUUGUACAUCUAGUGAUACCGAGUAUCUCUGCAGGUGUAAAUUGGCUCAGUCCAAUGGAUGGGGGGUUAUGGUGAGUCAUCGUUCUGGAGAGACUGAAGACACAUUUAUUGCCGACCUGGUGGUGGGACUGUGUACUGGACAGGUAAGAAAGGAGCAAUGAUGGAAAUAAAUGGGAAAAAGGAACUGAUUGACAAACUGGGAACAAACAAUAGGAGGGAGGAUAGCUACAAACAGAAAGGACAGCAAGGUUCGAAAGGAUAGGAGACAAUAGUGAAGGAGUAAGAGAGGUGGUAGAGUGGUGAAGAGUGAAUGAAGGAUGAUUUACAGAAUAACCUAAUAUAUAUAGGCAGCAUCUGGUUAUGAGUGCCGGGGGAAUGAAGGAUCAUGUGAAUGCGUGCGUUGGGAAGACAUGAUACAUUGGAAUGAUAAAGACUAAGCUCACCACUCCGUUCUCUUCACACAUGUUAUUUCUCUUCUGGACAGAUUAAGACAGGAGCUCCAUGUCGGUCAGAGAGACUUUCUAAAUACAACCAGCUCAUGAGGUAAGAAUAUCUAGUGUCUGAACAACUUCACUACAGCAAGGUGUGCAUCCUACAUACACUACACCAUGCCAUUCAUAAACACACAGAUACAGUGUCGAUAGCAACACACUGCUACACCAUGCCAUGCAUACAUAGAUACAGUGCAGACAGCAACACACUGCUGCACAAUGCCAUGCAUACACAGAUACAGUGCAGACAGCAAUACAACAAACCUAACACACUGCUACAUCAUACCAGGUACAUACAGCAUUAGUGCCAGCCUCUCCUGACAUACAUUGUACCAGACUCACCACUUCCUUUCCUCCCGCAGGAUUGAAGAGGAGCUCGGAGAUAAGGCUAAGUUUGCUGGUCGUAGCUUCAGAAACCCCCGUGCCAAGUAAACGCUGGCAGCAGCACCACAUCGAAGCUAUGUCUAUUCUAACUGAAGCCCAGAAUCCUUUGCAAUGCUCUUGCCAACAUUUAAAGAAGUCCAUUCCUGCAGUACUGUGCACACCAUCUGAUUAAAGGAUUUACCUGCCAGGGCUCGAUAACGUAGCCUUAAAUUGCACAACGUCAAAUGUUUGUAAGAAUCCUAUAAAUAUAUAUGUCACAACUGAACCCCAAGUUAAUUUUGGAAUCAACUGUAAAGAAUUAAAUCCUACAAAUAACCCUUUCUA